AUGGGUAGACGUAAAAUCAACAUCGAGCCGAUCACGCAUGAAAGAAAUCGGACAGUGACUUUCAUCAAGCGUAAGGCUGGUUUGUUCAAAAAAGCGCAUGAAUUGGCAGUGUUAUGUCAAGUAGACGUUGCAGUUAUUAUCUUGGGACACAACAACACGUUUUAUGAGUUUUCGUCUGUGGACACCAAUGAUUUGAUCCGUCAUUACCAAGGAGAUGACUUGCCUCAUGAUAUUAAGGGCCCUGGAGAUUAUGGGGACUACGUGAAAAAGGAGAGGGUGGUGCUUAAUCCAUCUAGAAAACGGAACACUGGCAGUAGGAAUAUGCCAGGACCGUCUUCUACCGAUUCUUCCGCGAUAAUGGGGAGCGAUAUGAGACCUGCUAAGCGUCAGCUGAGGAAUAAGAUCUCAUCAUCAAUCGAUGGGGCCAGUGUGUCUGGAUCAUUGAGUAACGGAACUCUGCACGAUCAUGACGACGACGAGGACGAAGAUGAAGAUGAUGAAGAUAUGCACGAAGACGAUGACGUAAUAGGCGCAGAUGAAGACGAUGAAGACGACGAUAACGAGGAAGAAGAAGACGACGAAGUUGAUAACGAAGAUGGCGCCGGUGAGAAGGAUGGCAUUACAAGCAAUGGAAAGAAUGUAAAUAUUUCAAGAGGUACCGGUGUUGGUAAGGCAGGGAAAAACAGAAAACGGGCACGCAGAUCCGAUCGGAGCUCUUCGAAGAAUGGCAUGCAUAGCACUAAUACCAGUUCGGAAGCUUUGACAUCGAAUGACACAUCAGAAAACCGCCACGGUUCAGACUCCAGGUUUGCUACUGUCAAUUCUGCAUCUGCUACUAGCUUGAAUUCAAUAUCAGGUAGGCAGUCUCCAUUUUCGGACAUGAAAUCAACAACACUUUCCAAACAACAAAACGUUUCCAAUAUGGAACUCAAAUUCAACCCUCUACAAGAACACGUACAGAGGCAGUUCCAUAACCUUUACAAUUCUAAAGAACCAAGAUUAGGAACGCCAGUCAUUCAACCUCAAAUGAUGAACUCCGGGUUUUUACGAAAUAGUAUGGGACACUUGCAGGAUGGUUCAGAUGGCUCUUCCAAACUGAAUGUCCAAUCUCCAAUGACAGCCUUAAGGACAAUGAUGGGUGGAGCUACUACCCCAUCCCCAACAGAGGAAGUGAAUCAAGCAAGUGCCUCACAAAAACCAUCGGUACCUAGCAAUGCACACCAGCAACAUGAUAAAAUGCGUCAACAAUAUUCGCAACAGAAAAGACCAGUAUUAAGGGUGGAAAUACCGACAAGCAACACCGCAACAGCUAUCAAGAGUGAUGGAGAUUCUGGAACAAGUGAUGGACAUCCAAAAUCUGCAAAUGAUCCGCAGAGAACCCCUUCAAACGUUAUCUCCCAGGCUCUGUCUUCUAGUCCAGUCGUAGGCGACAAACCCCGAACUUCUGCCAAUUCUGGAACUAACACAGGAUUCCUUUAUAAUGGAUUAGCUUCAAGCUUUGCAGCGUCACCAUCAGUUCCUCUAUAUUUUGCUACACCAUUACAGGCUCAAAACAAUGCAACAUCCAUGCUGCAAAUUCAAAAUCCACAGAAUUACUUGAUGCAAAGACAAUUGCAAUAUGCUCAACAACAGCAUCAACUCCAACAAAAUAGAACGCAGGUAAAUCAACCGCAAGCAGGUCGUAACUCGGGUCAAACUCAAACCACCAUGGAGCAAAAUUCGGGUCCUUUGACAGGAUCAUUGCCAUCCAAAUUUGCACAUGAUCUAAUCGUGCAGUCUCCAAACACAUCAAUUGGAGGUAUGUUUCAAGAGUGGCCAUUCCCACCUAAUACAAAUUCAUCCAUAAGGCAGGGAAACACUCUUCCGCAUCUGCAAACCCCUGGUUCGAUGCAGAACCCAUCGCAAGCACUGGGACACCGACAGCAAGCACCACUGACUUUCCAGCAGCAGCAACAGCAACAGCAACAGCAACGACAAGUUCAACAGCAGCAACCUUCUCAGCAGCAACCCGUUCAACAGAAGUCUGCUCAGCAACAAUCUACUCAAAAUCAGGAACAGUUAUCUCCCCAACAACAGCAAGGUGUAGUGAUGAACGGAAGUCCAGGAUUGUCGCCUUAUAUCAAUGUGAACCAAACACCAACUAGUAAGACUUUUAACUUUGGUAACACAAGUUCAACAUCAUAUGAUUCCGAAAAAGGACCACCUGAUAAAUGA